AUGCAAGCGGCCACUCAGCUUGAACUCCUUGGACCUGUUGGCGGUCCACAAGAUGAAGCCAAUAUAGAUGACUUCGAAAUGCUAGAACCUACCAAUCUCGACAACGCAGCUGCUUGUUUAGAUGGUUCUGGUGAGAUACCAGUCGCUGAGUCUACCGGUGGCCGACCUGUUCAUGUCAAGAGGAAAACGUGGAAGCUGCAAGAAGCCGCUCUCGACCUACCACCAAGAAUACAGCAGCGUCCAUUGCCCGAACCAGAACCUACGAAGGAAGAUCCCUCAGCUGAAUCAACAGUGGUCUGCACCCCCACCAAUAUGAUGGGUCUUUACCGGAUCUAUCCGCGAACACCCUCCCAUAACCCCGAUGAUACAGAAAUGAACGAUAAUACAGAUGUAACCGGCAGGCCUGACAGGCCAAAACAAGAUACCAAUGCACCUAUCGGUCAGCAAGGACAAACUCCGUGGUCACCAUUCUUGAGUGCAACCGUUGCACGGCUCCUUUGCUGGUUCCAUAGCGGGUCCACCCAGAAGUCGAACAAUGAACUAGACUCACUUGUCAAGAAUGUAUUGCUCAAGAACGACUUCAACAGUGCAGACCUCAACGGGUUCAGCACAACUGUUGAACAUGAUCGAGUCGAUGAUGCGCUGAAGUUGUUGUCCAGUGGUGAUGCUGCGUCAAAACUCUUCCCAGCAACGAGCGGAUGGGAGAAGAAACCAGUCACGAUUUCCCUUCCAGCACCCAAGGUAAAGCAGGCAGAAGCAAAAGCACCUACGUUCGAGAUCAAGGAUGUUCUUGUUCGACUGUUACUGUCUGUCAUGCGAGACACAUUCCAAGGGCCUGAAUUCUCGAACCUGCAUCUUACGCCAUUCGAGGAAUGUUGGGUUCCUUCAGCUGUCAGCAAGCAAGAACCUGACCUCGAAAUACCCUCCCGCAACCCAUUCUCAGAUGUCCCCCCAGGCCAUCAACGGACAUACGGAGAGAUUUAUACUUCGCAGUCUAUGAUGGAUGCCCACCGCGCGCUUCCCACUGAUCCUAAUCUUGAGACCAUUGUUGUUGCGUUCAUGUUCUGGAGCGACGCCACUCAUCUCGCGACAUUUGGAACUGCCUCACUCUGGCCACUGUACACAUUCUUCGGGAACUGCUCAAAGUAUCUUCGCCUGAAGCCGACCGGUAAUCACUGUCAUCAUCAAGCGUACAUCCCCUCGCUCCCAGACUCCCUGAAUGAUGAGUACUGCAAACACCAUGGGCAUCCACCUCGACCGGCAUAUCUCACAUACCUCAAACGAGAGCUGAUGCACGCUGUUUGGCGUCUUUUGCUAACAGCAGAAUUCAUCCACGCAUAUGUUCACGGUAUUGUUAUCAAGUGUUUCGACGGAGUUUCGCGUCUGUUAUUCCCUCGAUUCUUCACUUACGGCGCAGAUUACCCUGAAAAAGUUCUUCUGUCGACGAUCAAGUAUCUAGGUGGUUGCCCAUGCCCCCGAUGCCUUAUUCAAAAAGAAAAGAUCAGACAACUGGGCAUGAAGUGUGACAUGAACGCCCGUGUGCGAUUAAAUCACAUUCGCGUCGACUCGACAACUAUCCGCGCAAAAAUUGAAAGAGCCCGUAAAUACAUCUUCACCCUCGGGUCGCUUCCAAAUGGAACGAAGAAUGCUUUCUCUGCUCUUUUACCUUACGGCUUCAAUUUCUACGCGAUGUUUGUCCCCGAUUUGCUGCAUGAGUUCGAACUUGGUGUUUGGAAGGCUGUCUUCAUUCACCUUGUUCGUAUCUUGCACGCGUUAGGCCCAGAUUCUGUUGCAGCUCUAAAUGAGAGGUACCGAAAAGUGCCAACAUUUGGGCGAGGUGUAAUCCGCCGAUUUCAUGCAGAUGCUGCUGCCAUGAAGAAGCUUGCCGCGCGAGAUUAUGAAGAUCUCCUUCAGUGCUCCAUUCCUGCUUUCGAAGGUCUUCUUCCUGCUCCGCACGACAAAGUUGUAAUUGAUCUUCUUUUCACUCUAUCAACAUGGCAUGCGCUCGCAAAGCUUCGUCUUCAUACAGACUCAACUCUUCAACUCCUACAAGAUGCUACCAUAGACAUGGGCAACCUCCUUCGCAAAUUCUCGGAUACUGUUUGUCCCUCGUACAAUGUGAAGGACCUACCACAGGAGGCUGAAGCCCGAGCUCGACGGAGUCGAAAGACAGGCCCUGUUGAUAUCAGGACCAAUGCCACCGAAAGAUCCUCCAAGGACACAGUUCAAUCAGCGGCAAAACCACGCAUAUUCAACAUGAAUACCUACAAGAUGCACGCUCUCGGGGAUUACGUUGACACAAUCCGCAGGUUAGGAACUUCUGAAUCAUACUCUACACAAGUGGGAGAACUAGAGCACCGACGUGUCAAGCGAUUGUACAGUCGCACAAACAAGAAUAACUAUCAAGAGCAAAUUGCGAGGCAAGAGCAACGCCAACGUAUACUGAGAGAAGUUAGGCGUCGCUUAGAUACUAUGGAUACGGACUCAGCAAGCACCACUCCCGCUGAGAAACUGGAGAAGAAGUCUCUGCCGAAAUUGCUCAACGCCCAUUACUACAUAUCACAGUCUGGUUGGACAUCACUUACGAUUGGCGAGUAUCUAACCAAGAAUCAGGAUGACCCUGCAUUCAAGGACUUUCUACCGAAGCUCAAGUCCCAUCUUCUUGGCCGUAUUCUCAAUGCUGCAUAUGAAGGCGACGAGUACAUAUGUUAUGGUCCGUGUCGCCCUAACAACAUAUUUCCAACGAAUCAACUUCUCAACGUCAUUAUUGAGAAUGAUCGACUUUACCUGCUCAAGGUACUCCACAUCAACUACACUAGCUACGAUGGACGGCGCUGCCAUGACUCCUUGAACCCAAAUACAAAUUCCGAUUUCAUUACCUCAUCUCACGAGGACGACGAUAUCAGCGAGGCCAAUCAACAUCCGCUAUGGUAUGGCCGUAUCGUGCAAAUCCUUCAUGUCGUGGUUCAUCACCCCCGUUUACUGAAACCCCAGCACAUGGAUGUUCUGUGGGUUCGUUGGUUUGGCCGAGAUACAACAUUCAAGGCUGGAUUCCCACGAAAGCGACUCCAUCGCAUUGGAUUUGUCGCAAUUGACGAUGACAUGUCCUUUGCCUUUCUAGAUCCUAAUGAAGUCAUCCGGGCUGUUCAUAUCCUUCCAGCUUUCCACUAUGGCACUACGGCAACACUUGAAAUGUCUGCUGUUGCGGAUACCUCAGAAGCAAAAAACAAAGGAAAGUGGCGAUUUUAUUACGUUGGCAUGUUUUCUGAUCGUGAUACAGCAAUGCGAUUCAUCGGUGGAGCCAUUGGACACCAGUCUUUACCGGUUGAGGAAAAGCCAAUUCUCCCGGAAGAUUCGUGGUCUGACUCAGAUGACGAGGGGUCUAUGGACGUGAUUGAGGAGGAUACAGAGGAUGAUAUUGAAUUAAAAGAGGAGGAGGCUGAUAUUGAAUUGGACGAAGAGGAGGCCGAGAACGAUGAUGAUAAUUUGGAUGAAUGGUUAUCUGAUGAUUCCGAAGAUGGCGAUGACUCAAAGGACUCAGAUACCCCAGACGAGGAAUCAGAUGCAGCUAGUGAGGAACUGGAGCCGAUUCAACUAGAGUAUUGGUGA